AUAGAUUAUUAAGCAUGAUAUUGUAGACAUGUUCGACACACACAUAAGAUAAGCAGCUACUACACUGAAGUCAUUACCGUCUUUACACCAGUCCCAAAAAUCAAUACUUUUGAUCGCCUCUGGAUCUCUCGUGGUCGUGACGGGCGCGAAUGGGUAUAUCGGAUCUCAUAUUGUGGACCAGUUUUUGCAACGAGGUUACCGGGUCCGUGGCACUGUCCGUAAGGCUUCCAGAAACCGAUGGUUGAAAAACCGUUUUAACGGAAAAUAGCCGGGCAAAUUCGAGUUAGCCGAAGUGCCUGAUAUAGUAGCGAGCGGUGCAUAUAACGAAGCUAUCAAAGGGGCAUCUGGCUUCGUACACGCCGCGGCUCCUGCUAUGGAUGCGAUGGGAAGCGCCGAUCCCUACGUUAGAGUCAAAAUCGUAGUGGAUAGCACGGUACGUGCCUUAGAGUCAGCCGCAAAAGAACCAGGGAUGAAACGAGUCGUCUUAACAUCGUCUUCUGGGGCAGCGGUAUUUCCUAUCCCUAACAAGGUUCUGUCGAUUGUUUCAAACACCUGGAACGAAUACUCAGUUAGGGAGGCAUUCGCCCCGCCGCCGUACGAGGGUGAGAAACGUAUGGUAGAUGUCUAUUAUGCCAGCAAGACUAAGGGCGAGCAGGCGGCGUGGGAAUGGAUCCGUGAACACAAACCACAUUUCACGCUCAAUGCGGUCCUGCCCGACUUUAAUACAGGAGCACCCAUCAAUGUAGCUCGACAGGCUUCCCGCAGCACGGCGGGUAUGAUUAGGGUCUUGAUCGACAAAGGUGAAGCCCUGACGCCGGAAGAUGUGGUAUUCCCGCCACAGUGGUAUAUUGAUGUCCGUGACGAUGCCGCAUUGCAUGUGGCUGCAUUGAUAUACCCCGACGUAGCAGGCGAGCGCCUCUUCGGCUUCGCUUACCCCUUUACUGUCAACGACGUCAUCCGAACGCUGAAAGCGCUAUACCCAAACCACAGAUUCGGGCAAGAGAUCUCCGACGCAGGUGAAGAUCUAUGCAGUGUCACAAACGAGAGAGCUGAGGAGCUGUUGAAGCGACUUACCGGCCACGGGUGGACGAGCUUGGCUGACGGUCUGAAGGAUAUAGCUGGAGCAUUGGGGAUUCAUUAGGGAUUUAUUAAUUGUAGAAUGAUGUCAAUGCCUGACGUCUAUGUCGCAUCGGCGGUAAAAAGUGUGCCCGAGAAAAGGGUGAUGUGGAUUCAUGAUGGUAAAUCCAAAAAUAGAGAGUAGGUUGAUUAACAAUACACUUUUGUACUAAGCGACGCUAAGCCGAAUGGUACAC